GGUUGUGUCCAUAUUGAGAAUGUGGAGACUCUUAUUCUACGGGCACCUAAAGACUCCUUUGCCCAGAGGAGCAAUGAGCGGGGAAUUGGACAAGCCACGCACAGAUUCACCUUUUCCCAGAUAUUUGGACCAGAAGUGGGACAGGCAUCCUUCUUCAACCUGACCGUAAAAGAGAUGGUGAAGGAGGUACUCAAAGGGCAGAACUGGCUCAUCUGUACAUAUGGAGUCACCAAUUCAGGGAAAACCCACACAAUUCAAGGUACCAUCAAGGAUGGAGGGAUCCUGCCAAGGUCUUUGGCUCUGAUUUUCAAUAGCCUCCAAGGCCAGCUUCAUCCAACACCUGAUCUGAAGCCCUUGCUCUUCAAUGAGGUAAUCUGGCUAGACAGUAAACAAAUCCGGCAGGAAGAAAUGAAGAAAUUAGCCCUGCUAAAUGGAGGCCUCCAAGAGGAGGACCUGUCCACGUCCUUGAAGAAGAGCGUUUACAUUGAAAGUUGGCCGGGUACUAGCACCAGUUUUGACAGUGGUAUUGCGGGGCUCUCCUCCACCAGUCAUUUUACCAACAGUAAUCAGUUGGAUGAAACAAGUCACCGAUGGGCACAGCCAGAUACUGCUCCCAUAAGUGUCCCUACAGAUAUUUGCUUCUCCAUCUGGAUUUCUUUCUUUGAGAUCUACAAUGAACUACUUUAUGACCUGUUAGAACCGCCUAGCCAGCAACGGAAGAGGCAGACUCUUCGACUAUGUGAGGACCAGAAUGGCAAUCCCUAUGUGAAAGAUCUCAAUUGGAUUCAUGUUCAGGAUGCUGAGGAGGCCUGGAAACUCCUGAAAGUGGGCAAUAAAAACCAGAGCUUUGCCAGCACCCACCUGAACCAGAACUCUAGCCGCAGUCAUAGCAUCUUCUCAAUCCGGAUCCUACAUCUUCAGGGGGAAGGGGAUCUAGUCCCCAAGAUCAGCGAGUUGUCACUCUGUGAUCUGGCUGGUUCAGAGUGCUGCAAAGAUCAAAAGAGUGGUGAGCAGCUGAAGGAAGCAGGAAACAUUAACACUUCUCUGCACACUCUGGGCCGCUGUAUUGCUGCCCUGCGCCAAAACCAGCAGAACCGGUCAAAGCAGAACCUGAUUCCCUUUCGCGACAGCAAGUUGAUUCGAGUUUUCCAAGGCUUCUUCACAGGUCGAGGUUGCUCCUGCAUGAUUGUCAAUGUGCAUCCCUGUGCAUCUGCCUAUGAUGAGACCCUUCAUGUGGCCAAGUUCUCAGCUCUUGCCAGCCAGCUUGUGCAUGCUCCACCAGUUCAACUGGGAUUCCCAUCAUUGCACUCAUUCAUCAAAGAACACAGCUUGAGGGCAUCUCCCAGCUUAGAGACAAGCGCUAAGUUAAACCCGGGGCUUGAUGAGAACAUUGAAAAUGAAGUUGACAUCUCUAUGUAUGGCAAGGAGGCGCUCCUACAGGUGGUGGAUGCCAUGAAAACACUGCUUUUGAAAGAACGGCAGGAAAAGUUACAGUUGGAGAUGCAGCUCCGUGAUGAAAUUUGCAAUGAGAUCAUGGAAUAG